GUGCCACUUAUACCUGUCGUUCUCUCAUGAGGCUUAGUCGACAGACAAGUUUGAAUUGCUGCACCCAAAUAAUACAUUAUCGUUUUCAAUAUGCUGCUAUCGCCACCCAUGCGGCUACCAUGUGGCCGAAUGAGAGCUAGGCGGGUUGGGAUGAGACACAUUCUCUGGUUGCAUCAUUCGACAAUUGUAUUCGGUUUCCUAGCGGAUGGUUGGAAUGUGUUUUGGUCUACUUUGCCUUCAUUGAUAGAGAUGAAAGCCCGUAAAGCCAAAUGCCAUCGUCAAGAUUUCUUUCAAGCCUUUGUCCCCCUAGAUCAUUCAACUAUCCUUAAAUACCCUAGACACUUGUUUCUAUUUCUGCUUUCUAACAGCCCUCUCACCCCCUGUUUCUGUAACACCGGAUCCUGAAGGCUACGAUAUACUCAUGAUGGCUCUAAAAAGGUUUAUUUUGCUUGUCCUCGCUGGCGCAGCGUUGGCUCAGAUGGAUGGGAUGGGAAUGGGAGACAGCAGAACCGGUGUGGAAAGCACGAUGCCCAUAUCGUCAAGCGCCAUUGCCGAGACAGCUCCCAUGGCUACUGAAGCUGCACAGAGUACGGCUGUAUCAACUCCCUACAGCAAUUAUUCUUCUGCGAUCGUGACCACUAAUUCAUCCUUGUCACUAACAGAUGGGGACUACAGCUCAACCAUGGCAAUGGGCCCGGAGGCCACGCCGUCCCUACUCGACCCUCUGUCCACUACAACUGCCGAUUAUACUCAUAUGUCGGACAUGUCUCACGCUACGGCGACAACGACGGGCAUGACCACCAUGUCAACCAGUGUCUUGUCCAUGGACAUGCCCAUGGGGACUAAUGAUAUGACACAUGGCAAUGCCUCAGCUACUGGCACUAUUCCCAUCUCCGGCAGCGAAAUCAGCGGCGUUUCGCUCAGCCUCUUCGUGGCAUCGGCCCUCCUGGGGGCGUUGGUCUUGAUUUGAUACAGUUUAAUCAUGAAUAAUCAGUUCCAGUUGAAUUAGCGGACCUUCGUUUUCUUUCGUGGUAUUACGCUCUGGCCUGAGCCCGUAAUCUGUUCAACGCUUCAUUCUUGUUCGAUAUAAUCCAAGUAGGGAAUAGAGGCAAUACUCAGCAUCAGACUAUACAGUCUCUAG